UUCUGUUCAUGAAAUAAAACACAUUUAUCGCCAUCUAGAAACCUAAACUGCCUACUGAUAUCUAAAGUUUACCUAUGAUCCAUCCAAUUAAUUACUUUCGUCUUUCAACAACUGCUAACUGCAUAUUUAACUUUGUAGGGUCGGGUUUCUGUGACCUGACAGCUUUGUCGUCACCUCCUUGCCAUUCAAAAACACCCGUGGGCUCAAUUUCUGAUUGAAUUUUUCCCAGCACCAUUGCAGCUAUGCUAACAAAGUUUCUCAUUCCUCUCCUUCUUAUACAACUCGUAGCUUCAUCCAAGAAUGAUUUCAUCUUCAAUGGAUUUAGUGCAACAAACUUGAGCCUCAAUGGAGUAGCAGAGAUCACCUCUGAUGGCCUCGUGCAGCUAACCAAUGACACCAAGAGUGCUGUAGGCCGCGCCUUUUAUCCCUUUCUACUUCCUUUCAAGAAUUCAAAAGCUAAGUCUGCCUCAUUCUCAACAACUUUUGUAUUUGCAAUAGUUCCACAAUACAAAGACAUCAGUGGCCAUGGGAUGGUUUUUGCCAUUUCUCCUACCAAGCAGCCUUUAGGUUCAGCCUCGGGCCCUUUCUUUGGCCUUUUCAAUGAUUCAAACAGUGGAAAGGAAACCAAUCAUAUUGUAGCCAUUGAGUUCGAUACCUCUAGGGCUGCGGCCCUUGGAGAUAUCGAUGCUAACCAUGUCGGUAUUGAUAUUAAUGGAGUCCGCUCACUUAAUGCAUCUUCAGUGGCCUAUUUUGACAAGGAGAAUAAGUCUAAAAAAUUAGAUCUGAUUAGUGGAAAUCCAAUGCAAGUUUGGGUAGAUUAUGGUGCAAAGGAUAUGAAGCUUGAUGUUAGAAUAACUCCAAUUGGUUUAUCUAAACCAAAAAUACCUCUGGUGUCAUCGAAGGUUGAUCUCUCCUCCAUUUACUUGGAUGAUAUGUAUGUGGGUUUCUCUGCAUCAACAGAAGAUGGCACCGCAUUUCAUUAUGUACUUGGAUGGAGCUUUAGUUUGGAUGGGAAUGCCCAAGAUCUUGAUAUAUCAAAGCUCCCAUCAGUUCCUCCUCGUCAAGAUACAACACAAAAGGGGCCAAACAUUUUAACAGUUGUGUUGCCUUUAGUUGCAGUAAUCCUCUUGCUCAUCACCAUUGCUGUCAGCAUUGUUAUAGUGAGGAGGAGGAAGAAAUUUGCAGAACUUCUUGAAGACUGGGAACUCGAGUAUGGACCUCACCGAUUUACAUACAAGGAUUUGUUCAAGGCAACCAAAGGUUUCAAGGAAGAAAACCUUCUUGGUGUCGGAGGUUUUGGUAGAGUUUAUAAAGGCAUUCUUCCUUCAUCCAAGCUAGAAAUAGCCGUGAAGAAAAUCUCUCAUGAAUCGCAACAAGGUAUGAAGGAAUUUGUUGCAGAGAUAGUGAGCAUGGGAAGGCUAAGACAUCGUAACUUAGUUCAGCUCCUUGGCUAUUGUCGGCGUAAAGGAGAGCUCCUCUUGGUUUAUGAGUUCAUGCCUAAUGGAAGCCUCGAUAAAUUCCUAUUUGGAGGAAAGAAGGAAACGCUUGGUUGGAGCCAGAGAUUUCAGAUAAUCAAAGGAGUAGCUUCUGGCCUUCUUUAUCUUCAUGAAGGGUGGGAACAGGUGGUAAUUCACAGAGACAUCAAAGCUGCAAAUGUGCUUCUGGAUCAUGACUUGAAUGGAAAACUGGGGGAUUUUGGCCUAGCGAAGCUCUAUGAUCACGGGAGUAAUCCUCAAACAACUCAUAUUGUAGGGACAUUGGGUUAUCUUGCACCGGAGCUUAGUAAAACCGGUAAGGCUACUAUUAAGACUGAUGCCUUUGCAUAUGGGGCAUUUCUACUUGAAGUGGCUUGUGGAAGGAGGCCAAUGGUUAUGCGUGGAACAAUGCCAAAUUUAGUUGAUUGGGUUCUAGAACUUUGGAAGAAAGGAAUGAUCCUAGAAGCAAGUGAUCCAGAUUUAGAAAGUGAUUAUAUGGAGUUGGUGCUGAAAUUGGGAUUAUUUUGUUCCCAUCCUGACCCUGAGGCAAGGCCAACUAUGAGACAAGUGAUGCAGUUUUUAGAAGGUGAUGCUCCCCUGCCAGUUAUGCCUCUGGAUUAUCUAGCUGCUUCAUCCUCAGCGUAUGAUGGAUUUUUUGAUGAUUUCAUCAUGUCAUAUCCAUCAAUAUCGAGCCAUACAGUCUCAGGAAGCUCGUCAUCACAAGUCUUUCUACAAUAAUGUAACUAGUGUUUCCAGUCUAUGUUCCUAUCCUUUAUCUACGCAAGAGUACGAUAAUGUUUGCGCUAUGUGCAAGUAUUGAGAAAUUUUAUCAGCAGCAUGCCUAGGAAAGCAGGGAAACAGUUUGUGAAAAGCUUAUACCACUU